AUGCUGUCACACAGAUUGCAGCUGUUAAAAAAGUACACUGGAAAGUCGCUAACUGUUUUAAAAGCUGUUAACACACCUGAGGCUGCUACAGUCAGAAGCAAAGUGCACCUCAGAAAAGGCUUCAAGAGCUGUUACACACCAUGUUCAGGACGGAAGGCCAAAGGUUUGUUACUAAAAUUCUUCCCUGUCUUCUAUUGGUUACCUCGGUAUCCUUUCCGGGAUUUGCUGCUGGGAGAUGUCAUUUCAGGAAUUAGUGUUGGAAUCAUUCAGUUGCCUCAGGGCUUGGCAUAUGCUCUUUUAGCAGCUGUACCACCUGUGCAUGGUCUUUAUUCUGCUUUCAUACCUGUCCUUAUGUACUUUCUGCUUGGAACCUCCAGGAAUAUUUCCAUAGGUGGCUUUGCUGUACUCUCCGUUAUGAUUGGCAGUGUGGUAGAAGAACUAGCCCCCGAUGACCAAUUUAUUAUAAUGAAUGACAUGACAAACUUAACAGAGGUUGAUGUGGAACUGAGGGACAAGAUGAGGGUACAGGUUGCAGCAACACUAGCUAUCCUCACUGGAAUUGUGCAGGUUCUGCUGGGACUGAUACAGUUUGGUUUUGUAGUCAACUAUCUCUCAGAUCCACUUGUCCGUGGAUAUACAACUGCUGCUGCACUCCAUGUGGGUCUUUCACAGGUCAAAUACAUCCUUGGAGUCAAUAUUAGCCGAUACAGCGGCCCUGCAUCCUUUAUCUUUACUAUCAUUGAUCUGUGUAUAAAUGUCCCAAAGACUAACAUCGGUGCUGUGAUAGUCAGUAUCCUUUCAGCUGUUGUGAUAUUUGGUAUAAAGCAAAUAAACAGUUUCUUCAGUUCAAAGAUGCCAGUACCCUUUCCUGCUGAACUUGCUGUGCUGAUCAUUUCUACAGUAAUAUCAUCUCAAGUGAACUUAAACAGCAAAUACAACAUUGAGAUUGUUGGUACCAUUCCAAGUGGGCUGAAAGCACCUUCCUUCCCAAGUUAUGGCAGUAUUGGCCCCCUUGUGGGUAGAGCUUUUGCUGUUGCCAUUGUUGGAUAUGGCUUAGCUAUAUCACUCGCAAAAACUUUUGCUACAAAACAUGGAUACCAUGUGGACAGCAAUCAGGAACUCAUUGCACUGGGCAUGUCAAACUUUGUUGGAGGAUUCUUCCAAUGUCAUGCCAUCAGCACCUCAAUGUCAAGAAGCCUGAUACAAGAGAGUUGUGGAGGGAAGAGUCAGGUGGCUGGAGCAGUGUCAACUUUUGUAAUUUUGAUAAUAAUCUUGAAGAUUGGAGAACUGUUCCAACAACUUCCUAAGGCUGUCUUGGCUGCAGUUAUCAUUGUGAACCUAUUGGGAAUGUUUAAACAGUUCCGGGAUAUUUCCAUCCUCUGGAGAAGUAGCAAGCUAGAGAUGAUGGUUUGGCUUGUAGCCUUCUUUGCCACAGUAUUGCUGAAUAUGGACAUUGGUCUUGCUGCUUCUAUUGGAUUUGUAAUUCUCACUGUGAUCUUUCGUACUCAGCUCCCACAUUACUCAGUCCUGGGUCAACUUCCCAACACAGAUAUCUACAAAGAUGUGGAAAAGUAUGAAGAGAUUGAAGAAAUACCAGGCAUUAAAAUUAUUCAGUCCUCAGCUACUGUCUACUUUGCAAAUGCUGACCUCUAUUCAGAGGCUGUCAAAAAGAAGAGUGGAAUCAGUGUCAGUAAACUGAUUGAAGCAAAGAAGAAGGCUAUUGCAAAGAGAAAGAAGACACUCGAGCAUGAGAGAGAAAAGGCUAAAAAGGAAGAAAAGAAACAACAGGAACUUAAAGCAAAAAAUGGAUGCUCGGAACAAAUUAUCUCCAAUGACAUAAAUGGCAUUGCUGUGUCUUUGAAUUCUGUGCUGGAAUUAAAUGCUAAUGAUGAGGACAAAGAUGAUCCAGAGAAGCUUAGCCUGGCAUCCCUUGGGAUUGAAAAACCUCACAUUCACUCAGUCAUACUAGAGUUCAGCACACUGAACUAUGCAGAUACUGUCUGUAUAAAGGUUUUAAAAAAUAUCUUUAAAGAUUUUCAUGAAAUUGAAGUCCAGGUGUACCUUGCCUCUUGCCAGUCAUCAGUUGUUGAGCAAAUGGAAAAAGGUGGAUUCUUUGGAAAGGAAAUCACUAAAUCCCAUCUAUUUACUACCAUCCAUGAUGCAGUAGUACACUGUAGCGGAAUUAAUGCCUUGGAGUCUAGUACCAGCACAAAGCUUUGA